AGGCUACUUGGACUACAAGAAGCGGGUGUCCUAUUACUGGCCGGAGUUUGGGAAGAAUGGCAAGGAGAAUAUUACUGUAGAUAUGUUACUAAGUCACCAGGCCGGGUUAUCCAUUACAAAAGGAACAAUUGAUAUACGGCUUCUGAAAACAAACCAAACAAAAGUGGAGGAGUUUUUAGAGGAACAGGAGCCGAUUUGGAAACCAGGUACAGCAUACUCCUACCAUGUAAUAACCUUUGGAAUGUAUGUAGACGUGUUGUUGAGGAAGGCGGAUCCAAAACACAGAAAUGUUGAUCAGAUAUUUAAAGAGGAAAUAGCAGAACCUUUUG